CUCGUGCUCGCUUGGAGCUUUCUAGAAAAGGCGUGACUCCGCGGUUCAGAGCCUCAUUCCGGUCCGACUAGAGAAGCCCAGGCGCGUCACGAUGUCUGCUGUGAAAGCACUUAAUCCGAAAGCGGAGGUCGCCAGAGCCCAGGCGGCCCUGGCCGUGAACAUCAGCGCCGCUCGGGGGCUUCAAGACGUCCUGAGAAGCAACCUCGGACCGAAGGGAACCAUGAAAAUGCUCGUGUCCGGCGCUGGAGACAUCAAACUCACUAAAGACGGCAAUGUCCUGCUGCACGAGAUGCAAAUCCAGCAUCCCACAGCUUCUCUGAUCGCUAAGGUGGCUACGGCGCAGGACGACAUCACCGGAGACGGCACCACGUCCAACGUCCUCAUCAUCGGAGAGUUACUAAAACAAGCGGAUGUUUACGUUUCUGAGGGUCUCCAUCCCAGGAUCAUCGUGGAGGGCUUUGAGGCUGCAAAGGAGAAGGCUCUGGCUGUGCUCGAGGACCUGAAGGUCACCAAGGAGAUGGACCGUGAGACUCUGGUUGAAGUGGCCAGAACCUCACUGAGGACCAAAGUCCACGCUGAGCUGGCUGACCUGCUCACAGAGGCUGUGGUGGACGCUGUCCUGGCCAUCAUGAGACCCAACGAACCCAUCAACCUUUACAUGGUGGAGAUCAUGGAGAUGAAACAGAAAACGGAGUGCGAUACGCAGUUGAUCAGAGGUUUGGUGUUGGACCAUGGUGCUCGACAUCCUGACAUGAAGAAGAGAGUGGAGGACGCUUACAUCCUGACCUGCAAUGUCUCUCUAGAAUACGAGAAAACCGAGGUGAACUCCGGCUUCUUCUACAAGAGCGCCGAUGAGAGGGAGAAGCUGGUGAGGGCUGAGAGGAAGUUCAUCGAGGAACGUGUGCAGAAGAUCAUCGAGCUAAAGAACAAAGUGUGCGCUGACAACAACAAGGGCUUCGUGGUCAUCAACCAGAAGGGGAUCGAUCCGUUCUCUCUGGACGCUCUGGCUAAAGAAGGUAUCGUGGCUCUGCGUCGGGCGAAGAGGAGGAACAUGGAGAGACUCACUCUGGCCUGUGGUGGUGCUGCCAUGAACUCUGUAGACAGUCUCACCCUGGAUUGUUUGGGUCACGCCGGUCUCGUUUAUGAGCAGACGCUGGGAGAGGAGAAGUUCACGUUCAUCGAGAAGUGCGGGAACCCACGCUCGGUCACUCUGCUGGUCAAAGGACCGAACAAACACACGCUGAUGCAGAUCAAAGACGCCGUGAGAGACGGUCUGCGCGCCGUCAAAAACGCCAUCGAGGACGGAAGUGUGGUAGCAGGAGCAGGUGCUUUCGAGGUGGCUGUGGCUGACGCUCUGGUGAAACACAAGAUCAAAGUGAAAGGACGAGCUCAGCUGGGCGUGCAGGCGUUUGCUGACGCUCUGCUCAUCAUCCCGAAGGUCCUGGCUCAGAGUGCUGGCUAUGAUGCCCAGGAGACACUGGUGAAGCUGCAGACUGAAUAUAUAGAAUCUGGACGAUUGAUCGGCAUAGACCUGAACACAGGUGAACCCAUGCUCGCAGGAGAGGCCGGCGUCUGGGAUAAUUACAGCGUUAAGAAGCAGCUGCUUAACUCUUGCACAAUAAUCGCUAACAACAUCCUCAUGGUGGAUGAGAUCAUGAGAGCCGGAAUGUCUUCUCUCAAAGGCUAAACUAAUCAAGCAUGAUAAACACCCAUGAGAUGAAGAAGGGCUGUAGGUGGCCUGUAGUUCUGCGUCUGGAUGUCCGGGGUUCUGCGCUGUGACUGGAUCCUGACCCGGGUUCUAACAGCGUCUGAAUCCCGCCGUCGUUUUCUUCACGUGUCUGCUCAUUUCGCAUCCGGGAUCGUUCCUAAACUCGGGAUCGUCCUCUCACACUUUCCUCCAUCCAGUCGGGUUAUUUAUGAGAUUUUUGUUAAGCACUGAACUGCAGUUACUUUUUUUGUAACCAUUAAAAUCCAUGAAUGUUCAUGAAAAUA